UUAUUGGAGGUGAGCCGCUUCUGGAGUGAGCUUGAAAUGUCAACUCUGAAAUAUCAUAAACUGAAUCUGAAGCGAGCCACUAGUACCUUCAUCUAUACGGUAUCUCUUUGUCUCAAUGGCAUGAACCACAUCUUUGUGUUAAACUCGUGUGAGCAGAGAUUAUCUUCACAUUGAAACAGACUGAAGUUCAUCUGUCCGUUUUGCCCUACACAGCGGCAGCAGCGCGCGGGCCUGCGCUAAUAUAUACAUCAGCGCGGAUAAAUGAAUCAAGCCAAAGAACUUUCAUUUUUUUAGUUUAAUCAAAUAAGUGUUGCAACCAUGAGAAAGGACGUGAGGAUAUUACUGGUCGGAGAACCCAAAGUUGGGAAGACCUCCCUGAUCAUGUCACUUGUCAGUGAGGAAUUCCCUGACGAGGUCCCUCUCCGAGCGGAAGAGAUCACCAUUCCUGCUGAUGUUACACCUGAGAGAGUGCCUACUCAUAUAGUGGACUAUUCAGAUCCAACAGAAGCAGAGCAGACAGAUGAGCAGCUUUACCAAGAAAUUUUAAAGGCAAAUGUUAUAUGCAUAGUCUAUUCAGUAAACAACAAGAAGUCAAUCGAAAAGGUGACAAGUCAUUGGAUUCCCCUCAUCAAUGAAUGGACAGAUAAGGACAGCAGAGUACCAUUGAUCUUGGUGGGGAAUAAAUCUGACCUGGUGGAGCACAGCAGCAUGGAGACCAUCUUGCCCAUCAUGAAUCAGUACUCGGAGAUAGAGACCUGUGUGGAGUGUUCAGCCAAAAACCUGAAGAAUAUCUCAGAGUUGUUCUACUACGCCCAAAAGGCCGUUUUACACCCCACAGGACCUUUAUACUCCCCUGAGGAGAAAGAGAUGAAGCCAUCUUGCAUCAAAGCACUUACUCGCAUUUUCAAAAUAUCUGAUUUGGACAAUGAUGGCAUUCUGAAUGACAAUGAGCUUAAUUUCUUCCAGAGAACUUGUUUUAACAUACCCCUGGCACCUCAAGCCCUGGAGGAUGUUAAGAAUGUUGUGCGGAAAAAUAUGUCAGAUGGGGUAAAGGACAACGGCCUCACACUGAAGGGCUUUUUGUUCCUUCAUACACUCUUUAUUCAGAGAGGAAGGCAUGAGACCACAUGGACCGUGCUCAGGAGGUUUGGUUAUGAUGAUGACCUGGAACUGACCCAAGAAUACCUGUUUCCCCUGUUCAAAAUACCUCCAGACUGCACCACAGAGCUGAACCACAAUGCAUACCUCUUCCUCCAGAGUGUCUUUGAUAAGCAUGACAAGGAUCGAGACUGUGCCCUGUCGCCAGAUGAGCUGAAAGAUUUAUUCAAGGUCUUUCCUUACAUGCCUUGGGGCCCUGAUGUCAACAACACGGUCUGCACCAGUGAGCAGGGCUGGAUCACUUACCAAGGCUACCUUUCCCAGUGGACGCUAACAACAUACCUGGAUGUGCAACGCUGCUUAGAGUACCUGGGUUACCUUGGUUACUCCAUUAUUCAAGAACAGGAGUCACAAGCAGCAGCUAUAACAGUCACCAGGAAUAAGCGCAUUGACCUGCAGAAAAAACAAACCCAGCGAAGUGUGUUCUGCUGCAAAGUCCUGGGAGCUCGAGGCAGUGGUAAAAGUGGUUUUCUGCAGUCUUUCCUGGGCAGGAAUCUGGCGCAUCAGAAGAAGAUAAGAGAAGACCACAAAUCUUACUAUGCCAUUAGCACCACUUAUGUUUAUGGACAGGAGAAAUACUUGCUUUUGCAUGAGAUGCUUCCAGAAUUUGAGUUCCUCUCUGAGGCUAAUCUGGCCUGCGAUGUUGUUUGCCUGGUGUAUGACAUCAGCAACCCUCACUCUUUUGAGUACUGCACUAAAGUCUACAAGAAAUACUUCAUUGACAGCAAGACCCCAUGUGUAAUUAUUGCUGCCAAGUCAGACCUGCAUGAAUCCCGUCAGUACUACAGUCUGUCACCAUUGGACUUCUGCCGGAAAAACAAACUUCACCCGCCUCAGCUGUUCACCUGCAACACAGCCGAAGCACCCAGCAAAGACAUCUACACCAAACUUGCCACUAUGGCCAUGUAUCCCCACGCCAAGUUACGCUGCAUGUGCACCUGCAACAGGUGUACCAUUUGCAUCUGUCCCAACCUCCUGAACUCUGAGCUGGUGCGCUCUGUAAAGGCCAAACUCUACAGUGCUGUUCUGAACAGACACAUGACUCAAGCUGACCUAAAAAACUCUACAUUUUGGUUGCGGGCCAGUGUUGGUGCAACCGUGUUUGCAGUUCUUGGCUUCGCCAUGUACAAAGCUCUCCUCAAGCAGCGGUGAUCAGCACAACCAGCAUGUUAAAACAACUCAGUCCUCCCCUGAUAAACAACAAAACCCAUAGUCCCUUAUUCCAUCCUUUUUCCUUUUCAAGAGAAGACUAAAUGCAUAAUAAUAGAUGGCUACAUUUUGUAUAUAGUUAAAGAGAGAGUUCACCCAAAAAUGAAAUUCUGUCAUCAUUUAUUCACCUUCAUGUUGUUCCAAACCCAUAUGACUUUCCUUCCUCUAUGGAACACAAAAGAAGAUGUUAAGCAGCAUGUUAGCCUCAGUCACCAGACAUUUUCACUGGAGUGAGAAAAGAUGCAAUAAAUGUGAAUAAUGACUUAGGCUAACAUUCUGUUAAACAUCUACUUUCGUGUUCCAUGGAAUAAAGCCAUACAGGUUGGGAAUAACAUGAGGGUGAUUAAAUGAUAAAAGAAUGUUCAUUUUUGGAUGAACUAUCCCUUAAAACGGCCUUUCCCAAACCAUGUGUCUUUUCCCAUAAAGUGUUACAUGACCUUCUGUUCCCUUAUCAGCCGUGUGACGGAACAGUUUAUUUAUAGUAUAGCAGGACCUGAAAUUGCAUCCUCUGCUGUUUGGGCAUGAGGUUUUUAAUUUAUACACACUGAUAUUUUCCUCAGGUCAGUAUUAAUUGGUGUCACCUAUAUUGGAAAGACAAAGCAGAGGGACUAGGUUUACUGAUAGGUGAUAGAACACUGUUAUAUAUAUGUAUAUAUCUUACUAGACAUUCUAAAAUUGCCUGUAGUUAGUGAACAAAAUCAUAUUUGAACUCUUCACAAUAGAGAUACACAUGUGCUUGAGAAAGUAGCACUGAAAUAAAGCCAUUUCUCACAUGUAAAGGUAAUUUUACUCAUAGUACAUUGAAACUGUAUUAAUUUGUUUGUCUUUUGUCUGUUUUGCCAUUGCUUGAAGCAGGCAUAGAACAAGGGAUUCUUUUUAUGCAGCCUUGUUUUUAUUUUGAUAAGUUAUAUUUUUUCUUUUCCUGUUUACCAUGGCCUUUAUAAAGAUUAUGCACAGGAGACUCUCUGAAUUGAAUUCGCCCCUUUUUUAUGUUAAAGGGUUUGUUCACCCAUUUACUCACACUGUCAUUCUAAACCCAUAUGUCUUCUGUGGAACACAUAGGAGUCCCCCCUCCCCGCCUCAACAUCUCUUAUUGUGUUCUACAGAAGAAAGCCCGUCAUAUGGGUUUGGAACAACAUGAUGACAGACUAAUUUUUGGGUGAACUAUCCCUUUAAGUAACGGUGAGAUGGAACGAGACGAAUAAGAUCUGCAUACUACAUUAAAAAGACUUUAUCAAUUAACUUUUCCUACUAACAAUCAUGUAUAGACAAAGUUACUAAAAUGCUGUUGUUUCAGAUCUUAUGCUUAUGUAACUUUCAGCACAAUUUUCCCCAUUCAAAACCAUGGAAUUGUUGCAUUUCUGAGUUUUCAAACAUUUACAAUAAAUAAUUGUG